AGGUUCAAGAAAAUAUCCAGAGAGAGUACAAUCUACAGUCUCUUCUUCCAAUCAACCAUGGCGAUGACCAAAGCUGAAAUUCUACCCCAAGAAAUCAUAAUUGAUAUACUUUCUCGGCUGCCGGCAAAGUUGAUAGGCCAAUUUAGAUGCGUGUCAAAGCAAUGGCGCAAUUUCCUCUCAGACCCACAAUUCAUCAAAUAUCACUUUUCCAUUCAUAAUAAAGAAGAAAAACUCAUUUGCAUCUCUCGUUCUCACUCUCUCAACACUAUCACUUUUACCCACAACUCCCAUAAUAAAACUGAUGGCAUUUUAAGAAAGCUCAAUUUUCAGCAGCUUUCAGAUAACUGGGUAAGAAUUUUUGGAUCAUGUAAUGGGUUGGUUUUGGUGGGAAAUGAGGAAAAUAUUAUAUUUUUAAUCAACCCCACAACUUUAAAUUACCACAAAAUUCCAGUAUUUCAAUUUGCUCGGCAAAUGCGUGGUAGCUUUAGCGUGUCUGGUUUAGGGUAUGAUUUUGCUAAUGAUGAUUAUAAGGUAGUUGCUCUUUCUCAUUAUUACUACGAGCAUGAACCGGAUAUUAGAAGUACUUUUAUUGAUAUCUACUCUGUGAGAAAGGGUCUUUGGAGGAGACUUGAGAAUUCGCCUUAUGAUCUUGAAGAUUCAUUGCUAACUUAUGGGGUUUUGGUAAAUGGGGCUUUGCAUUGGUUGGUUUGUAAACUUUUCGAUGAUUCAUUUGUAGUUGUUGCUUUUGAUUUAAGCGAUGAGACAUUCUUGGAGAUGCCAACACCUACUAAUAUUGAUAACAAUAAUGUUGUGUGUUAUGAUCUUGUGGCCGUUAGAGGGUGUCUUUGUAUGUUCACUGAUACAGAAGAAAACAGAAUUGAUGCUUGGAUAAUGAAAGAGUAUGGGGUUGAGGAGUCUUGGACAAAAUUUAGUAUUACAGUACCGAAAUCAUUGUAUGGUUUCUUACCCCUUUGUUUAAUGAGUGAUGAUGAUGUCGUAUUGGAUGGAGAGAAGUUGAUUGUCUAUAAUAUGAAAGAGGAACAAUGGAGAGAUAUGAAGGUUGAUGGAGUAACUGCUAAGUUUAGAAGGACUAGAACUUUCGUGGAGAGUCUUGUUUCUCCUAUGUUUGGCGAAGGAACUGAGGGUUACAAUAUUGCUUGAUGCAGUAUUUUGAGAUGAUGUUGUACUCAGGUUGUUGUCAUGACAAAUGAGCAUAAGGCUUCGGCAACUUGAAGAAGUUGAGAUUGAUGCCGUUGUUGCUACCAUUCUUAGGAUGUUUCUUAACUAAGACGUGUAGCUUUAUUCAUAUUACUUGCUAUUUCAAAGUUUUAACUGUUUUAUGUUUUAGUUCUUCUGGUUAUUUUGGAAUUUUUUUGAGCAGAAUUCUGAUGAUAUCUCAGAGUACAAGUGGUGCAAGAUUCUUUUUUUUUCUUCUUCUUUAUUUUCAAUGACAAUGGUGUCUUGUUCAGCUUUA